UUGAUUUUCUUUUCGCUAAUUUCCGCAUCGCAUCACUUGCCAAUUAUGCUAAUUACGCUGGCAAAUUAAAUCACCAACGCUUACUCGUACCCAUCUUCCAAGAUCUUCCAUUACAAAUGGACGAACGAAAUUGCUGCAAAUGGACGUCUUCCCGCGAUGCCAGCUGUCCGAAGUGGAGCUCCUCCACGGCAGUGGUCCGCUACAAAGACAAGAUGCUGGCCCAACAGGACAUUUACGCGGAACGCCCUCCCUUUGGGGUCAAGAAUCUGAAAACGGGUAGGAUUACCACGCCAUUGAUUGAGAACGAGAUCAGGUUCUACACGGUGAAUAGUACGCGGCUGCCGAAGGAUCACAUCAGCGUCUUCCUCGCCCCCAAUCACAGAGAACGCAUCGCCAUCGUCUCGAGUUCACCUACAGCUGCCUACUGAACUGGAACAGUGUGUCCUGUCCAUCUCCGUGGGUAACAUCGACUCCAUCGGUGUGGUCAGCAUGGAUCGGG